AUGCUUGAUCAGAUCGCUGCUGUGCAUUUCAACAGCAUUGAGAACAAGAUCGAGGCGACUGCUGAAGCACAGCAGAUAGCCAACAAAGAGAUGAUGGACUUAAUCGCCGCAAUCAAGGAGACUCCAAACCGACUGGAGGCGAAGUUCAACGAUCUGAAUGGUCGAGUUGACGCGCUCCUCACCUCAAACGGUAUUGAUCCGAAGAAACUAACUCCUUAA